AAAAAACAAAAAACAAGUAACCAUUUUUGAAUUUUCUUUAGCUUCUUUUUGCUCUCUAUUUGUUUUUCUUAGGCCCAGAGCACACGAGCCAAGAAAAUCUUGCAGGUUGGGAAAGGGGGAGAGAAACAGAGAGAGAUAGAGAAGUGGGAAAGAGAGAAAGGUAGUAUAUAGAGAGAGGGACAGAGACGAAAGUGAAAAGUCAAUAUACUUUUGAUUUGUUCACCCCGAGACCCUAAGUCCAGGAGCUCUUUGAAUAAUUGCAACGGGUGUUUUGCGUAGAGCAAUUAUUCAAGUUAAAAAUAUGAGCAUCAGUAGCUCCACCAUAGGAUCUGGUAGCCAAACUACUAGAAAAACAUUUGAGUUUGGAAGGACACACGUGGUCAGGCCCAAAGGGAAACACCAAGCAACUAUUGUUUGGUUACAUGGCCUUGGUGAUAAGGGUUCAAGCUGGUCCCAGAUCUUGGAAACUCUACCUCUUCCAAAUAUCAAGUGGAUUUGUCCAACUGCUCCUACUCGUCCAGUAGCUGUAUUUGGAGGAUUUCCUAGCACUGCCUGGUUUGAUGUAGGAGAUAUUUCAGAAGAAGCUCCUGAUGAUGUGGAGGGUUUAGAUGCUUCAGCGGCACAUGUUGCGAAUCUCUUGACAACUGAGCCUGCUGAUAUUAAACUAGGUGUUGGGGGCUUCAGUAUGGGUGCUGCAACUGCUCUGUACUCUGCCACGUGCCGUGCCUUGGGGCAAUAUGGGAAUAGAAAGCCAUAUCCAAUUAGCCUAAGUGUGGUUGUUGGUUUGAGUGGCUGGCUUCCAUGUUCAAGGACUCUGAGGAAUCAGAUGGAAGGAUCACAUGAGGCUGCAAGGUGUGCAGCAUCCUUGCCCAUUCUGCUCUGUCAUGGCUCAGCUGAUGAUGUAGUGGCAUAUAAUCAUGGAGAGAAAUCCGCGAAAACCUUAAGCGCAGCUGGAUUCCAAAAUCUCACAUUUCAAACCUAUGAUGGGCUUGGCCACUACACCAUUCCUGAAGAAACUGAUGAAGUUUGCAACUGGCUCACUGCAAGGUUGGGGCUUGAUGGGUCGCAGUCAUAAUCUUGGAAAAAGUUGGUGAGGAAGCAUGGGGUAUACUUAUGGAAGUUUAGCAAUAAUGAUAAAUGUAGCUGUAGGGAGUUGAUGAUCAACUUAGUUUAGUAAAUUGGGAUGGGGUAUGGUAUACAUGUUUGACAUUCCAUUCUCACUUGAUCGUGUCUUUCUUUUUUUUCCCAAAUAAGUGUUGUAACAAUUGCAUAAUUGGUUUGAUAUCAAAGAUCUUUGUGAGUAUGAUCUGUUGAUGCUUUAGAAAAA